AUGUCUUCUGGAUUGGAAAACAUCGGGGCCAAUGCCUUAGAUGUGACGCUCACUCAAGCAGCCUCAGGCGUCGAUCACACCAACCACGAGGAUGUUGACAUGACUGACCAGCCCGACAACGAGGAUUCCGACGCCUCCAGUUACGAUCCUGCAGCUGCUCUAUUCGACAAGAUCACCCAGUCCAGUGGCACUUCUGGCAACAAGCGCAAAUCACCAGGCUCCAAGGAUCCCACCCAGCCCGACAACGUGAAGAGGGUAAGGCUUCAGGAAGACGGACCAGGCCAUUCGAGAGAGCUCCCAAGCUCUACAACGGACCGAGCAAAGCAGCUCCCAGCAGGGAUAUGGCAGCAUAUCUUCACUCUUGUUUCGCCCAAGACUCUGGGCCGUUUGUUGUCUGUCAACAAACUUUUCCACUCUUUUCUCACUCCUUCUUCCUCCACAGCUCCCCUUCCGCAUCGCAAUGAUUUGCCCUCUGCUCUCCCGUACAUGAAGCCUGAAGCAAUAUGGCAGGCCUCGAGACGCUUGUUUUGCCCUCGUAUGCCUGCUCCGUUGAAAGGCAAGUCAGAGCUGCACAUGUGGCGUCUCAUCUGCUCUACAACGUGCCAGUUUUGUGGUUCAAAGGGCGAUUUGCAAUCUUUUGAUGCAGCCGAUGAGUGGCAUCGCGGGCCAGGCGCCAAGGGCGUCUCCCCGAUUUUUCCGUUUUCUGUCUGUACCUGUGGAACUUGCUUAGUGAAGAGAAGCACAAAGGAACUCGACGUCCUCCUGUCUUCUACAACCCCCUCACUUCUGCUUCCAGCUCUUCCUCCGAUAUUCGUGACUGACCAAUUGCACGUUCUACGUCCUCGUGUCAUGCAAACUGGAGUUCUCCCCCCGAACACGCAGGUGACAAAGUUCUAUUGGUCAGAACACAUUAAUCAGAUCAAGAAUGAGUUCGAACAGGUCAAAGUAUUGGGUUCCGCAGCCACUGAAGAAUGGGUCAAGGGCUUAGAGAUUCGGGGCAAGCAGGCUUUGGCCGACGCCUCGCGCUGGGAGAAGUGGGAGCUGGCUGGAGGGCUCAACCAGGUGCGAGUGUCUCUGAGUGCUACAAAGCCUGAUCCCCCCAAAGCAGAGAACCUAGUACCAGUUGCAUUUUCACCCAAGCCUCUUCCUGGCCAUCAUCUAUCCAACUUGACUCGCAGUCAUGAGGAGCGCCAAGACAAAGCUUCCAACCCGAACGAAAUACCCAGCCUUGCAGGGAAGCUGGACGCACCCCUUCAACAACCUCGUCCUCUGGGACAGCAGAAAAGAACCAAGGAAGAGGUGGCUCAGCUCAAGGCGCAGAGACGUGCCGACAUUGAACGCCGUGCGAUGCUUCUUGAUCCUCCACUAACUGCCAGUGUUCUGGCCCAUAUUCCGUCCUUCCAGGCAGCUCUACAACUCAUCACACCACUCGAUGAUAACGCAUGGGAACUACUGAAGCCGCGUCUUCUUGCUCAACGGUCAGAUGCCGAAGUCAGAGAGAGGGAGAACACGGCGAAUGCUCGAGCACUCCAAGACAAGCUCGUGACACAAAAUGGAAGCAAGCCUGCCAGAGAACCGAGGGAAGUCCCUGACCAGGAGUGGGACGACAUCCAGGGACCUGUGAGGGCUCGCAUAUCAGCAUAUGCGGACGAAAUCAUCAAGGGGUGGAACAAUGGUGAAAAGGUUAAGAGGAAGAACACCCCGCAGUUUGCGGCAGACGUUCUGCUCUACGUUCGCAAGAGGUUCUAUGCCGAAGUUGCCAAGGAUACAGCUGCGGCUGUUGCUGCAGGAAAGGAGCCGAUCGUAGAGCCGCCAGAAGGACCAUGGACCCAGAAGCUGACGCUGGAGAACAUGAAGUGGGUAUUCGACAUGAAGGUCAAGCCGCGCACUGAGCAAUUUCGAAAGGAGCUAUUCCUUUGCAACGGCUGCAACCCCAGCGGCAACCUCAAGUUCUUUGGUUUCGAGGGUGUGAUCCAGCAUUACGCAGCCAAACACACCGGUGUCCUUAGUCUGGGCAAUGUUGUCGUGCAUUGGAGGGCGGAAUGGCCAGCGGUGCCUCCAUUCAGUCCUGAUCCACGAGCCAUAGAGCUUGGUCAGUACGGGAAGUCUUCAUCGCACUCGCUCCCGCAGACAGGUGCCACGGCCCAACAAGGAUUUGCUGGCUAUCAACCAGCUCCGCCAGCGGGUUAUGGUCCUCCUGGCUACAGCGCACCGUUCCCAGCACCACCGCUGCAUUACAGCUCUGGUCCGCCUGUCACUGUGCCACCAACAGACUAUGGCGGUGUUGGGCCUCAUGCUUAUGGAGCACCCUACUCGUCUGCAGCCUAUCCGGGCAGUAUGACAUAUUCUUCCUAUCCUCCACAGUUCUCUUCGGGGGCGGCAUAUGGCUCCUAUGGCCAAACAAAUGCCUACGUCGAACCACACACAUCGGGGCCAGCUUCGUAUGACUACGGGUCAUACCCCAACCUCGAAGGCGCCUUUGAUUCUGGACGGGCAAAGGUUCCGUAUAAGACACGACUUAAUGCCAUGGCUAAGAUUGCUAAGGAUACUUGGUUCAAACUGGGGGGUGUGAAGAAGCUACACCCCUCCAUCAAGGUCUCUACAGUUAUUCAUCGUAUAGCCAAGAAGUUCCAGAAAGACUACGAUGAAGCAGCAUCUCUAUCAAUGUUCGCAGAGGCCUUGUCGAGUCACAAGGACAUGCGCGCAGUUCGGGUUGCCAACGACAUCUCGUGCAAGGCGUGCACCAGCAGGCGCGGAUUCACCUUGGUCAACCUUGUCACACAUUUCAUGGCACAGCACGUUGAAGGCCCUGAAGCUCAGGGACUGGCACCCAUGGACUGGCGAGUGGACAUGGUCUCGCUUCCAGACGAAGCCUGCUUAGCCAAGGUGAAGCGUAAGCUGCAGAAUAACCAAGCUGCGCAUGCCGUUGUGGAGGAUGCGAUUCCAUGGGCAUUCGAGAAGUCGUUUAUAGACAGAUUCCUCCAACAAGGCUCUUCGGAGGAGGAGCUGGAGACCACCCCAGUCGUGAAGCCGGGCGGUAAGUCAGACAAGAAUCCAGCUGGGGCAUCAGGGGGGCAUGGUACACAGCAGCGUCAAACGCACGAAGCUCCCGAGGCCAAUGAUCGACCUCAACAACAACUCGAGCAUCGUCCAGGGCCUCAGUCUUCCACGGAGAAAGCACCAGGCACCAGUCAACCCCUACCCCGGGCUCAACCCCAGGCACAAGCGUACGACAAGGCCACAGAAGACAUACCACAUCUCCGGCCUGCCAGCGAAGUUUACGGUGGCCACAAGAAAAAACGUACUGUUGCAGUUCAGGGGCAACCUACAACUGGCAUCUCCGCACAAGAGAGGCCUCUAUCUGAUCGUCAACCAGCUUCAGAAUCUGAAUCUGCCAAGCGAACCGAGCGAAGAGAAGUCAAGGCCAAGGCAGAAGAUGAGUCAAACAACACACCAUCUACAUCCGCCCGACCUCGAAACCCGACGCAUUGGCGCGAUGAGCGUUCGCACGACUAUCGCGAUGCUCGAGAACAGCGCUAUUCUAUCGCUGAGCCGUCUGGGCCACGCGACAGGAGCGCUUCAGUUGGAAACCGACCUCAGGAAUAUCGGCCUCCUAUUGACGCUCCGGUGAACGCAGCAUCUGGAUUCAUUGAGGCUCGUAGGGGCAGCAGACAGGAUCGGCCUACUCUCGAGAAUCAUGGCCAUGCGAUUGAGGAGGAAGUUGUCUACGUCGACGAAUCGGGACGCGAAAUAGGCCGAGGGAUGAGAGCCCGAGAUACCCUGCCUCAGGAGACCAGAUACGGCGUACCUGAUGGUCGUGUCUUUGACGAUCAUCGCUACGCUCCCUCAAGCUGGUACGAGGGCCAUGAUCCGGCACGUUUUCGAACGCGCAGUCCUCUCCCUCGAUAUGGGCAAUCUGUACAUCAUUAUGAGGCAGAGCCUGCACCUCAUCGCGUCUACUACGACUAUCAUGACCACCGUGCAACAGUAGGCCCCGGGGCCUAUGAAUACGUCGAGGUCCGAAGUCAAUACGGCGACUACUUCAUCAGAAGACCUGUUCAACAUGAUGAGAGAGACUUCUAUACCUACGACACUCGACCUCCUAUGAGGGAGCAGAGCGCCUACCCAGCUCCCCGAGCUGCGGAAGGGCACUUGAACAGCCGUUACGCUGCUGAUCCUCGAGCAUCUGUCGCCCCAGGUCGUGCUGCGGCCAGGCCCGAGUUUGACGACUACGAUCCACGAUAUCCUUCGCCAGGCAAGGAAGAGGAUGCGUAUCAAGGGAAUCAGAGAUUAUGA